AUGGAGCCGGUAAUAUCCAUCCCGACCCCCACCCCCAAAUGUUUGUGUGGAAGAGGAAAUGGGAUGUUUGAUCCUAGAGCCUGGUUCAGCGAGUGCCUGGCACGCCGCGGGCGCUCGGAGACCUCCGUGUCCUUCCCACCUCCUGCGGAUCCUUAUCUGCACGGGGGCCUGACAGCCUCGGAAGCCCGGGUGGGGAUACAAGCGCUUGGACGCGCGCCCAGAAGCAGGGGCGGCACGUGGGUGCCGAGCCCACCCCGCGAUGCCUUCCGCGCGGACUUCCCAUGGAGGCCUCCGUCUCCCGAGAUCCCGGAGCUAGUGAGGAGGAGCCAGGCCGAAGGGCCGGAGGCGGAAGGCGGAGUUCGCGGAGAAAACGAAACUGAGACUGGGUUGCCCAGACCCGGCUGUGUCUCGGUGACAGUGGCGGCUCGCGCUGCAUUUCAUUGUAAAUGCAUAAUUGGACAGAAAGUAUGGGGUGAUGCUGUAGGUUCUACUAAACAGAUUGCAAAACAAUUGGCUGCGAAAAUUGCGUAUGUGCAGAUAGAAAAAACCUCAACGAAAGAUGACAUAGCUUCCCUCGUUUCUUCCUCUCCUGGGUUCAGUGACGACAGAAGUAAUUCUUCGGAGACAAGCACAUCUGAUUCUGAAUCACCGCCCGAAAGUGGCUUUUCAGCAAGUGGAUCAGAAAGAAAUGAUACCAGUGACAGUUUUAGCAGUUCUUCAUCGUCUGUGAACAAUCUCAAAAACAGUCACAGGAAGGUGAAAGGAAACGAGUAUACUAUGGAUAAAAGGUUUCUCAAGGAUUUCCUAGAAAUAACACCAAUUGGCUUAGGCGGAUAUGGCGACGUUUUCAAAGCAAAACACAGAAUUGAUGGAAAGACUUAUGUUAUUAAACGUGUUGAAUACGAUAACCAGAAGGUAGAGCGUGAAGUAAAAGCUUUGGCAAAGCUUGAUCAUAAAAAUAUUGUCCGUUACUGUAGUUGUUGGGAUGGAACUGAUUUUGCUCUUGAGGACAGCAACAACAAAAGGUCAUUGACUAAGUGCCUUUUCAUCCAAAUGGAAUUCUGUGAUCAAGGUACAUUGGAACAGUGGCUUGACAACAGAAGAAAAAAGGAACCAAACAAAUGUUUGUCUUUGGAAUUAUAUGAGCAAAUAGUAGUAGGAGUGGAUUAUAUACAUUCGGAAGGGUUAAUUCAUCGAGAUCUUAAGCCCAGUAACAUAUUUUUAGUAGGUACAAAACAAAUAAAGAUUGGAGACUUUGGACUUGUAACAUUCCUGACACAUGAUGAAAAUCGGACAGAUGAUAAGGGAACUCCAAUAUACAUGAGCCCAGAACAGCUUUCUUCAGUACAAUAUGGAAAUGAAGUGGACAUCUUUGCUCUAGGACUGAUACUUGCAGAGCUUCUUUAUAUAUGUCGCUCUCGUACAGAAACACUUGAGACUUUUCAACAUUUAAAGGAUGGCAAUCCCUCAGAUAAAUUUGAUGAAAAAGAAAAUAUUCUUCUACUGAAAUUACUCUCAAAGGAUCCCAAGAAACGACCUAAAACAUCUGAAAUACUUAAGACUUUGAAGGAGUGGAAGAAUGUUCCUGAGAAAAAGAAACGAAACACACAUUAGAGCCUUUCCAAAAAAGUAUCCUGCUUUUGGUGUUUGAUUUUCCUGUAACUGUCUGAAAUCUGCUAGGGAAUAUCAGUGGUAGUUAUCUGCUAUUUUCAUUUUUUCCCUUAAUUUUUUAUUACAUUUACAGAAAGAUUUUCAUUUUUUAACUUCAAAAACAUUUUUACAUUUGAUUUUUUUCCCAGCUCAUCUCCUUAUUAUGAAGAUGGGGGGGAAAAUCCCUUAUUUUUUUAUAUCAAUUAGUGAAUCAAUCAAUUAAUAAAUAUUUAUUAAGUAUCUACUGUUUCUAGGUAAAAAAAAAGAAAACAGAUAUUUCCCUGUCUUAAAUAGCUAACAAGCCAGUUGGAGGAAAAUGGUAAUCAUAAAAAGAUAAGUUAUAUACAAUCACUUUGGAAAACAGUUUGGUAUCAAUCUAGUAAAGGUAAAUGUGUAUAUACCGUGAAAGCCAUCAAUUCCAUUCCUACAUACGUAGGAACAAGAAUGUUCCUAAAAAUCCUGUUUAUAAAAGUCAGAGGAACAGAAAACAACACAACUGUCCAUCACAAGAAGAAUGGAUAUGUACACUGUAUUUUAUUCACAUUGGAAUACUAUAUAGCAGUGAAAAACGAACAUCCCUUGGGAACAUAAUGUUCAGCAACAAAGCAGUUUACAGAAAAUAUAUACAGAAUGAUUCCAUUUAUAUAAAGUUCCAGAACAUGCUAAAUGAUAUCAUUUUGUUUAGGAAUCCGAGCAAAUGUGGUAAAAUAAUUCAGGGAAGGAAAGUUAUGAGAAAUACUGAAUUCUGCUAGUGGUUAUCUCUGCGGAGGGACAGGAGUGGAGUAGGGAAAUGGAUUAUGAAGGUACAGUUAACUAUUUUUUUAAACUGGAUAUUGAGUUCACCAGUGUUUACUGCACAGUGAUUCUUUUUAUCUUAAAUACAUUUUAAAUGUAUUAUAACAAACACUUUGAAGUGAUGAUAAUGGUGCUGCUAGAAGGCUAGUAGCUAAAUGUAAGAAAAUAGUCCAUCUAGAGAGGUGAAAUCACUUUCUACUGAGAUAUCAUAGCACAGGGAUUGAAGUGACACUCCAGCAAGGGACUGAGAUGAGUAAAGCGGAAACCAAAUGCACAGUUUGGGAAAGGGCAUGGCAUAUUAGAUAACACAGAAUAAUUGCUAAUUUUCUUAGGUGUGAUAAUGAUAUUGUGGUCAUGAAAAUAGGAAAAUGUUUAAUUCCUAGACAAUGCAUGCAGAAAUAUCUAGGAGUAAAGUGGCAUGCUAUUUGCAAUUUUCAAAUGUUCAGCUAAGGUCAAUGUGUAUAUGGAGAGAGAGAAAAAGCAAAUGUGGCAAAAUGUUAACAGCUGAACAAUUGAUAAAUCUAGAUGGCAUGUAUAGAAUUGUUUCUUGUAAUAUUCUUUGACCUUUUCUGUAGGUUUGAAAUUUUUCUGAGAGGAGAGAAAUCUUUUUAAAAAACCAGUGUUAUCUGGAUUUAAUGAAUAAGGGUAUUAUACUCAAAAGAAGGUAGCCUUAUUUGUAUCUUCUGUCAUUUAAAAUUUAUAUUAUUAUGAAAUAAAUAUAGCAUCUCUUGGAAACUUUUAUUUAUUUGUAAAUAUAUAUUAUCUCAGCCUCAAAAUCACAAUAAAUAAAAAGCAUCCUUUUAAUCAGAGGAGAAGGGGCCAAAAGCCAGGAACCUUAUUUGCAAAUUAAAAUGCACACACAUACACACACACACACACACACACACACACACACACACACACAUAAAGAGAUUUUG